UCUUGCAGUGCUCUUUUGCCUGCAGACAGGCAUAAUUAUACUGAUCCUGAGGUCUACCAAUGACUGACAGCAUCCCACUGGGAACCAGUUCUGAGGCCUUCUGCAUAGUCUCCGCUCGCACCAGGCUGAGAUGCAGGUGAAGAAAAAGGAGGCUGAACAACAGAAGAAGAGGAUCAGGGAGCUGGAGCUGACACAGCAGCAGCUGGAAGUUGCCCUUAAUAUGGAGAUCCAGGCUCGGCUGGAGGAGGAGAGGGCCAGACUGGAGCUUGAGCGGUUGCUGCAGGCUGAAGAUGAAAAGAGGAAACAUUUCCAGCUCCUCCAGGAGCAGCAACGUACAAUGCAAAACCUCAGCCCCAUACAGGAGCUGUCAGAUGGCAGUCCCGAUGAGGACACCCCCUCAGCCCUCAACUCUGCCUCUCAGGAGCUCCAGGAUCUGCAGGCAUCUCGCCAAAGAAGCCACCAGCGUCUGGAGGAGGUUCAGGAGAGGCUGAGGAAUGCCAGUCAACAUGUACGGCACUGGAACAUCCAGCUGAACCGACUGAUGACCCCCAUUACUCCUGCAGAGCGACUGGAAAGCCGGCUGUUAUCAAAGCCCACAUGCCCUAAAAAGGAGGGCGCGCUGGCCAGUAAUGAGUUUAUCACUAAGUUUAAGAUAAGAGUUGAUCAGAAUAGAGGCGAUGAUGAAAGUCUGGAGCAUCAGUUGGAGGCUGCCAACCUGUCUGAUGAAUCGUUCGAGGCCCAGACAGAAGUCAACGGACAAUAUGAUCACAGACAUUUUAAAAACGCGAGUUGAGAGUUAAGGGGGAAAAAUAUUGUAAUAAGUAUAUAUUUGAAUUGCACACUAAGAUAUAAAGUGAUGGCAGCGAGCACAGUGUUGCAGGAUUUAAUUAAAAACAGAUCUGACUAAGACCAACUGAAAUUUAGAGUUGUGUAUAAUAAAGUUUAUUCAUGAUUAAUAAAACAAAUCUGUAAUA